UUUUCAAUAUCACCCAGCCCUACGUUGAGUCCACAGCAAAACCAGCUGCAACCCUCCUUUCAUACUGUAGAUAAAGUGAGCUUACCUCCCAUUUUCAUUGCUGUUGGAACUGUUCUGUUCGUGUUCAUCAUGCUCAUUGCUGUUGGACACCUGUGGAGACACCUGUUGAAGGAGCAUGAGGAGGAGAAUCUGUCCUGUGUCCAUGGCGAGGCAGUCUUACCAUUGUGUUCCUGCCGAACAGCUACACCGCGCCCUAUUAACAGUGCUGACCUGGAAAUACAACAAGCUAUUGGCCGGGGUCACUUUGCAAAAGUAUGGCAGGGGAAAUACCAGGGCUCUGUGGUGGCUGUCAAAGUGUUUCGUGCAGGCUGCAAGCGAGAGUUCUCCUCAGAGAGAGACAUCUAUGAACUGCCACUGAUGGAACACUCAGGGAUCGCCCGCUUCUUCGGAGCCGGGAAGAGCCUAGACGGUGGCAGCUGGCUCUUAGUUCUGGAACUAGCGACAUGUGGUUCCCUCCACCACUUAUUGUGUGAUAAGCGUGGCAGCUGGAUGGCAUCCAUGAAGCUGUCUCAGUCUCUAUCCCAGGGGCUGGCAUACCUCCACUCUGACCUCCACAGACAAGGUACGCACAAACCUGUAGUGGCCCAUGGAGACCUCAGCAGUGGCAACGUGCUUGUAAGAGCAGAUGGGACGUGUGCCCUGAGCGACUUCGGAUGCUCCACCAUCCUGCGUUCCUGUUCGGGACGUCCAGGCUGGGACUCUCUUAAGAUCAUCGCGGAUUGCGGGCAGGUUGGCUCCCUGCGCUACAUGUCCCCUGAGAUCCUGGAGGGCUGCGUGGAUCAAGGCUGGUCUCUGGUGCAAGCCGACGUCUACUCCCUGGGACUGCUGCUCUGGGAGAUCUGGAUGCGCUGCUCGGACCUCUUUGAAGAUGGCAUGGUGCAUAAGCACACCCUGCCGUAUGAAACCGAGUUGGGAGCCAGCGUGACUAUGGAAAGACUCCUGUUCUAUGUGUCUCAGAUGAACAAGAGGCCUUCCAUACCCAAACGAUGGGAACGGGAAACUCAGGGAGCGUUACUCCAGGAACUGGUGACGGACUGCUGGGACCAUGAACCGGAUGCUCGGCUAACAGCUCAGUGUGUUGUCGGCAGAUUACACGCCCUUCAAACUAUUCACUCGGUGUAAUUUGUAAUGGCGUAUUCUUUUUGAUUUUAAAAUUAUUAUUUUUGUCAUCCGAAAACACAUUUAACGACUUAUCUGUUUUGACUUCGAAUUAUUUCGAACUGUACACUUUUUUUGUUGUUUCGACAUUUAAAGUAAAUUUUCUUCACAACUUUUCGGUCUGCUCCAUUGGAUCGAUUAUACUUACUACUACUCUUUUUCAUAUCACAUAGGUAUUAUACUAGUAUACAUUUUGUUGAUACAAUGUCACUGCACUGAUUGAAUCAUUAAAUUACCUGAAGAUUA